UACCCAGGGUCUGUGCACGUAUUCGGUUGACUGGUCUUACACGGCGGUCGACCGAACAACUCCAAAACAAACUCCCUGUGUCCAAAAUUCCUAUUCUUCACCAAAUCCUUCGCCAAAUCUACACAGUGAUUAUUGUGUUUAUGUGAAUUUCUUCAUGCAUGUCCUGUCUAAGUAAUUUUAAUUUGUAGUCAUUUUAAUUUUGUAUCAAUGUGAUUUCCUGUGAUUUCUUUGGGUUAUAAUCUCAUCAAUUAAAGUGCCUUAGUAUUUCCUUGUAUAUUUUGUUACAUAUGCAAUGUGCCUAAUAUCCAUUCUUAUACAAAUGAUAUUGUGUGCUAAUUUGCUCUGUUGAGGAAUUAUAUUCAUCCAUGUUGUUCCUUUCCGUUUUAACUUAUAAAAAUGCUUGCUUCUUCUGUUUCAAGCUGUUCUAACUCUAUGAUGAAAAAUAAUUUAUUUUCUGGAUAGAUGACAUGUGAAAUCUUGUCCAUUAGUUUGUAGUUAUGAAAUUUCUCAUUGCACAUGUGCAAUGCUAUUAGUCUUUUCUAUCAUUUAAAAAUUAGAGCAUAUGGGGACAUCAUAAAUAUAUCUCAUUUCAAAUUCUAUCUACAAGGUAACUGUGGUAAAUAUGUGGCAUAAGAUGUUCUACAAAGAGAAAUUCUUCUGGGAAAAUAAUUAUCAAAGAACAUUAAAUUAUUGAAAUCUAAGAGUUUUCUUCUGAUAUUGACAUUAUACUUGUUGACAUUAUUGUUCUGGUUUAAGUUUUUUACUCUCACCAAAAUAAAAAUCAGUUUAAUUUUGUGCCUUGAUUUUAUGAAUUGUAUGACUUACUCAAAUUCGUUAAGUUUAUUUUCUAGUUUGAAGAUUGAAAUCGAUUGAUAAUAAACAUACUUAGAGUCGUGGACAAAAGGUAAACAGAAACUUCAGUCUUAGUUUUCCCGAUUGCAUUGUUAGAUUUGAGUUAUAUGGAGAUAGCUUGGCUUUUUAUAUGCUCUUCAUUAAAAUAUUGCUUUCAUUGGUAUUCCUUACUUGGUGGUUUGUAAGCAUAUGGUUGAUGAGAUAUAUAUACAAUUUGGAAUCUUGUAUCUACAUCUUGUAAGUGACUCGUAUAUAAAUGAAAGUACAAAUAAAACAGACUCUAAAUGCUCCCGUUACUCACUAAGCUCCAUUUAAGGCAAUGUUAAAUUGUAUGCAUUUCGAAUUUAAUGUAUUAAAAUUUAAUUGGUUAAUUGGCUUAAUAAUGUUCUUGGAUGUAUUUGGUAUCAUAUUUGGCUAUCUGGCUAUUGCCAAAUCAAGGCUCUCUAAGAGUGAAGACUGAUUGAGAACCACACUACGUGGUUCUUCUUUGCAUACAUAAUGGAUAAGAGAUGGAUGACUUGCAUGAAGGUUCCAUUGCUGAAGGAUUUCUAGCAAAUGAAUGUCUAACAUUCUGUUCAAGAUAUCUAAACGAAAAUGUGGAUACACGAUUGAAUCGGACAGCUAGAAAUGCCGAUAGUGUUAGUGCACAAGUUCAAGGACCUUCCCUUUUUCUUAAAAUAGGCCAUUCUUUGGGAAAAACUCAAGUGGUUGGUCUGGAUGAUGAGACUUGGAUUGCACACCGAUAUGUGCUAUUUAAUUGCAGUCACAUUAAGCCCUAUUUGGAGAGAGUAAUUUCCUUUACAUUUUGAAAGUUUUAAAAUUAUAUAUUUUGAAGCCUAAAUUAUGACUUAAUUUUUGUAGUGAACAUAAAGAGUUGAUUGAAAGACAACCUAAAAGGAGAAAAAUAACAGCAUGGGCUAGAGCACAGGGUCAUAGUUUAGAAUUUCAUGUAUGAUUUGAAGGCCGCAUCAGGAGGGAAGAGGUACCUGAAGAUACUAAGUGGCUAUCUCGUGGGCCUGAAUCAGUAAAAAAGUGUAUCGGAUUUGUUAUAAAUGGCUUCAGGUUUCACAUAAAAGAACAUGAUAUUAGAAAACGAACUCAAAAUAGUGGUAUUGUCAUGACUUCACUAACAGGAAGCUUUUCAAGUUCUAGGGAUCAAAACCCGGUGGAUGGAGAAGUUACCUACUACGGAGUCUUGACAGAUAUCCUUGAGCUUAAUUAUUAUGGGCAUUUUAGCAUGACAUUAUUUAAAUGUGAGUGGUUUGAUGAAAUGAGAUGGAUAUAAUCUUCCAAUUGUUGAUUUCACAAAACCAGUAUACAAAAAUGAUCCCUUUGUGUUUGCAUCUCAAGUGCAACAAGUGUUUUAUAUUCAAGAUUCAAUGAAUGAAAAUCUCUACAGUGUUAUCAAGUUAACUCUAAGGGAUUUGUAUUUAAUGGAAGAAGAUGACUCCAGGGACAAUGAGUAAAGUGAUUGAUGGCCAAAAAUUGGUCCCCUAUGAGAAAUUAAGACUCUCGAACAUUGCUGCCAACAACGCAGAAUUAGAAAAAUUGGAAUUGUCCAAGAUCAAGUUAAUGAACAUGAAUAAUAGAUCGUUAAAAAAGAAAACAAUCACGAGCAAUGUUGAUGAUAGUGAUGUGGCUUAUGUCCCAGAAGAAGAUGAGGUUGAUUGUGAUAGUGAUUAUAAUGAGGAAAAUUGUGUUGCAAAUGAAGAUCUUCCUAGCCAAGACUUUUCAUCCCAUAAAAUCAAGCAACUUCCAACUGCAAAAAAAAGGAAGCUUAGUGCACUUAAAACUAUGGAUGAGUAUCUUACAGGAGAAUCAACGCAUCCUAGCCGAGCUCAUUCUCAGCUAACAACCCCUAGCAAAGCUUAUUCUCUGAAAUUAAACCCUAUUCAAGCCUUCCAAUCUCAAGAAGUAGCCGCUAGUCAAGCUUAUUCUGAGCCUUCAAACUCUAGUCGUCAACUCCAGGUAGCCAUUAGUGAAUCUUAUUCUCACUCUUCAAAUUCUAGUCAGCUACUUCAAAAUUGUGUUAGUGAUGAAGAUCUUCCUGGCCAAGAUUUUUCAUCCCACAAAUUCAAGCAAAUUCAAGCUUCGAAAAGAACGAGGAUACUUAAUGCACCCAAAACAAUGAAUGAGGAUCUUAGAGAACAAUCAAUGCAGCCUAGCCAAGCUCAUUCUCAGCCAACAAGCCCUAGUGAAGCUUACUUUCAGCACUCGAACUCUAGUCAAGCCUUAUAUUCUCAAGCAAUAGCCACUAGUCAAGCUUGUUCUCAGCCUUCAAAUUUCAGUCACCCACCUCACUCUCCAUGGCCACAUGCGUCAGCUCCAAAGAUUGUAGAUUGCCAACUUGCUAACUUGAUUCAGCAACAUCAAAUUGCAGGCAAUCGGAGGAGAAGUAGACGAACUCUAGAAGAAAUAUCUGAUUGUAUGACAAAUGAAGGUCAAGCACAAGAUUGUGUUCCAACAAAUGAAACAGAUCGAACACAAGUGGAGUUGGUAGUGCAGCAAACCUCUGCUGAUAAUGGACCGCGAGUUGCUCUAACAAAUGAAGUUGGAAACGCUACUGGUCUUGCUAAGAAGAAGACUAGAGGAAUCACUAAGUGUAUCAAUCUCACUGGAAUAAGUGAAGAAGAGAGGAAACAUAUUACAUUGAACGAACAUGGAGAACCAGUUGGGGAAGAGAAUGCAAAGCAUCAAAGUUCAUACUUGGAAACCUUGGCUUGCAAUGCGCACUUAACUCCUUUCACUUAUUUAGAAUGGACUGAUGUCCCAAUUAAGAAUAAAGUUGAUAUGUGGAAUAUGGUCAAUAAAAAGUUUGUUAUUGAUGAACGUGGCCAAUCUUGGGUGUUCUAUUGGAAGUUUGUGGAGAAACUUCAAAAGUAGAAUGAAGUGAGAACAUUUCAACACCAAGACGACUUUGGCAGCUCGGCUGAGUAAUAAACCUAAAAAAAUACCAAAGGAGCAAUGAGAAACUCUUAUCAGGUUCUGGAGCUCGCCUGAAGGAAAGGCACGUAGUGAAAGGGGUAAGAAGAGUCUGUGACGCUAAAAAAAAUAUGCACCGUAUGGGAUCAAAGAGCUUUGCUCGAGUAAGAGCUGAGAUGAAGAAAAGUAAAGGAUGUGACCCAUCCAAAGUGGAAAUGUCUUUCAAAAUCUUGUACAGGCAAAGAUGGAACAAUGGUGGUUGAUGCCAGAUGUUGACCUUUUAAGAUCCGACCAGUCAGAGGAAAUUCAGAAUAAUGCAUUGAAGAGACUUUGUGAAACCAAGAUCUGGGCGUGUACCACUUCAUGGAAAGGGAGUUAAUCCAACGCAGUUGAGGGGGCAUUCUGAUUUAUGAACACAUUACAGUGGCAAAAUAGCUGAGAUGCAAGCUGAGAUGCGAGUUGAGAUAUGAGCUGAGUUGAGAGAAGGGAUGAUUAAUGGUUGGCAGAUGAUGAUCUUGCAAAUUCAUGAAGGAAAACAAUUGAAAGAUAUUAAUGUCCCUGAUAUUUUUAGUUCUAGUUUAUUUAAAGAUGCUACUGGUGCUCUAGGAAAAUAACACUAGACGGGCCUCCAUUGUUGACAACAGUCGAUAGUCCACAUGAUUUAGAAGAGAUAAUAUUAAUAUAUGUCAGAUAAUAUUAAGAUAUGUUCUCAUUUUGCUACGGGAAGAAGAAGAUUUGGAGGGUGAAAGUUAGGAAGGAGAAGAUUUGAAGACUACAAGUCGCUCAGAUGAUGAUGAUGUCAAUCCUUAAAUAUUGUUGCUGCUUUAUUUUCUUAUCUUUUAGUGGGUCAGAUUAACAUUUUGUUCUACCUUUUGUUUACGCAAAACACUUGGUUUAGAAUUCACUUUGUAGUGGCUACUGCAUUUUAGACUUCGAGUUAUGUGGCUAUAGCUAUGCUCGAAAUGUGUGUAUAACUCGACAGUUAGAUCGGUUAGAAAUUUGAACUAUAUUUGUUGACUUCUGUUUUACUAGGAUAUUCUUUGAUCAAUAAUUUAAAAGGCCGUAGUCAUCUAUGGCAAGUAUAUAUUGA